UGAAGAGGCCGGUGGUGGGGGAACGGUGUGCUAGUAGAAGGGGAGAUAACUUUCCUCCACUGAAUGAUCGAUCGAAGAUCCGCCAGUGGCACUGGCAGAGUAGCUUUGUUGCUCUUUCUCUUUGUUUGAUUUUGUUUCGGUAUACGACAAUAACACUAGUAGAAUGUUGUUGAUAAAUGCAAUACUCGAGUGCUGGCCAAUUUUGAUGCAUUUAUGCGAUUCAUUCACGUACGAAAUGAGCUUUUGAACGAAGUAAAUGUAGGCAGUUCAAGAGGAUAUGUGCGAAAUCGAUUUUGUUAUGUAUUUAGUGAUUUAAGUGACCGUGCUUUAAUUUAUGCUGUCUGGACGAUGGACAUGGAAACGUGAAUUUAUGGGGAAGGCACUCCCUUAUGUUGGCAUACAAGGAAGUAUUAGAUGAGAUAUUCUUGGGAUGAUGAAGAAACAUCUGGUGGCAGCAAUUUUAUUUUCUCUGGCGGUUGCAACUUACGAGCUUGAUCCUUCACAAUGUCUCACACCCCUUGGCAUGGAAAAUGGCAUGAUAAAGGAUGAGUACAUCACAUCCAGUUCAUCUUUCGACCACGAGAACGUUGGACCACAUCAUGGGAGGAUACGAAAUGAGCUUCAUGGAGGCGCCUGGUGUCCCCUCACCCCAGCCACCCCCGACCUGAAAGAAUGGAUAGAGAUAGACCUUCAAGAUGUAUUCGUUAUAACAGCCACCGGUACACAGGGUCGAUUCGGAAACGGCCAAGGGGUGGAGUUCACCGAAUCCUACAUCCUCGAAUAUUGGCGACCCAGUUUGAAUAAGUGGAUGAGAUACCACAAUAGAACUGGAAAUGAAGUGAUGAAGGGGAACAUGAAUACCUACUUGGAAUCCAAGACCCACUUGGACCCCCCUAUAUGGGCUAGCAAAAUAAGGUUCCUUCCCUUCAGUUAUCACCACAGGACGGUCUGCAUGAGGGUUGAAGUCUACGGGUGCCGGUGGUCCGAAGGCCUCCUCAGUUAUUCCAUGCCCCAAGGCGAUAAAAGAGGAAAUAAUUGGGAGUUCUAUGACGUCACUUACGACGGCCAAUGGAGCGGGGAUCAAUUGAGAUACGGACUGGGACAGUUGAUUGACGGUAAAGUGGGACCAGACGACUUCAAAGUGGCCUUCCACAACCUCAACCUCCAAGGGUGGGUUGGUUGGAAGAACGACCUCAGGAAGACCCCGAUUGAGAUCGUCUUCGAAUUCGAGAAGGUUCGCGAAUUCAACGCAAUUCACAUUUAUUGCAACAACCAGUUCACCAAAGACGUUAGAGUGUUCGCCGAGGCUCGUGUCUUCUUCAGCGUGACCGGUAAAAAGUACAUGGACGAACCGAUAACUUACAAUUACAUCGAGGAUCUUAUCUUCGAGACGCCGCGCAACGUUUCGAUCAAGCUGCAUCAUCGGGUCGGGAAAAUGGUUAAAAUCCAACUUCACUUCGCGUCGCGAUGGAUGUUGGUGAGCGAGAUAACGUUCGAAUCGGCCGUUAUGGACAGGAGUUUUAGUGAAACAGGGGAACAAGAAGAGAUAAAUAUUUUAGACGACCAAAUUUCAACUCCGGGGAUCACAACGAAGAACGAUAUCAGUGCCGUGAAUGCUCAAGAGGACAUCGUCGAUUAUUUGGGAGUAGUAGCCGGGUUGUUAGUAGUGCUUCUAUUUUUCGUCAUCACCGCCGUAGCGGCGGUUGUAAUUAGGCAGAUGCGUAGUAAGACGUCUUCGCGGUCAUCUCAAGUGCCAAUUAGGUGUGAUAAGGCGGUUUUGUAUCAAGAAUCCAACGCCGAAAGGUAUUCCCGAAGCUCGGACUAUGCCGAUAUUAAAGACUGUGAAUACGCGGUUCCGCUUCAGCCUACCCUGCAAGAUUACUGUCACCCCCUGCCGCUUCUCUCAGAAUCACCCCUAAGGCAAUCACCUUCGGAGCAUUACUACGCCGCCACUGAAAUAUGCAACGCUGGUUUCAUCCCCCCACCCCCUCCGUUGUCGACUCCACCCUCUCUGAAAUUGGGUAGACAACCGAAAUACUAUGUUUCGAGUACAUCGAAAAUGCAUAUUGGACCAUAACCUGUGAUAUGUUUCUUAUAGCCUAGCAAACUUUAUUUCUUAAGGUGGAGAUAAUAGGAAGACUGAGGUGAAUCUUAUUACUGCCGUGCUUGUUUUAUUGGAAGAAGUCGACAAUCACAAUCACUCAAUGUUAGAGGCCUUUCAGAACAGAGUUUAAUUAAGAUAGUUAAACUAAGAAUUUCGCAUGCACAAAGAUAAAAUCUCCCGCUAUUAAUGCUGCAUCAUUUCAAAAACACCCCUGCUGUGUCCCUUGACUAUAUAUUUAGCACAAGUCUGAUGCAGUAUGUUUGUUUUCCAUAUCAAUUCUAGUGAAUCUGUGAUUUCUGAUCAAUGAAGUAUUGAUAAGUAGAUUAUUUGAUAAAUUGGACAAAACUGUGUCCUUAUUGGUAAUAAGUCACAUCAAUAAUGAACUUUCGCAUUUGCAAUAAAUAAUGCAUUCUGUAUAUUUA